AUGCGUGUUAACCUUAGAACGAGCUUUCAAAUUAUCAAAAGGUGUCUUCACACCAAUGACGGUUCUAAAGUAGGUAUUUUAGGUGUUCCUUUUGAUAAAGGGCAAGCUAAAAAGGGCGUUGGAAAUGGACCUAGUAUUAUCAGGGAAUUGGGAUUAAUUGAAAGGCUUGAAGAAAUAGAAGGUAAAUUGAAUAUAAAAGAUUAUGGAGACGUAUCAUAUGAAAUUCCUCAAGAUUUGAAGACCCACAGUAUACCAAACAUGAAAGAAUACGAGCAUAUCACAACUUGUAAUCACGAAGUUUCAAAAUCUGUAGAAAAUAUUUUAAGGGAUGGUAGAAUAUGCGUUACCCUAGGCGGUGACCAUUCACUUGGAGUUGGUACUGUCGAUGGUCAUAUAAAAGCCAAAGACGAAAAUGUAUGCGUCUUAUGGGUGGAUGCUCAUGCAGAUUUGAACACAAACAAAACCUCAAGCACCGGUAACGUCCAUGGAAUGCCUUUAGCAUUGCUGGCUAAAGAAUUAUCAGAUUAUUGGCCAUAUUUACCAGGGAUGGAUUGGCAAAAACCAAUAAUCUCAUUGAGAAAUGUUGCCUAUAUCGGACUUAGAUCUGUGGAUUCUUAUGAACGACUGGUUAUUGAUAAAUUGGGUAUUAACGCCUUCGGUAUGGAAGACAUUGAGAACUAUGGAAUAAGCACCGUAAUUGAUAUGGCUCUAAACAGAAUAGAUCCUGACAAAGAUAAAUCGAUUCACGUUAGUUUUGAUAUCGAUGCUCUUGAUUCUUUGGAAGCUCCAAGUACUGGAACUUCAGUUAGAGGUGGUAUGACGUUGCGGGAAGGCAUUCAUUUAAUGGAAAUAAUUUACCGGACAGGACGCCUGGGAGCUUUUGACUUAGUCGAGGUGAACCCCAGUCUAGGAAGCGAACAAGACGUAAAACGUACUGUGGAUGCGGCAAUACACAUUAUUGCAGCAGGAUUAGGCCAUUCCAGAAGAGGACUUAGACCGAAAAAUAUAGAGACUUUGCCGCUUCAAACGUUCCCGCCAACGCGUCAUGUAAUUUGA